AUGAAACCUCCCCCAAAUUACAGCGGCGUUCUUUUGCAGGACCAUCGGGACCACAAAAAAUUCCCCAUCAAGCUUUCGAAUGAUCAGAAGGCGCUGCUCAAGGCUGUUACGCCCUCAGUUGUUCAACACAGUCGAACCAGAUCUCUAAAUAAAGAUGCACAGCGUUUGAUUUCCAGUUUGAUAGUGUUGCUUGACCUGACUUCAAACAACACAUCCACGGUCGCUAAGUUGUUCAGAUACUAUAGGUAUUGGCAAUUGUCAUGCCAGGGACGUUUGAUCACCACUCGUGGCCAGUACAAGUUCCAUGGUGGAGAGCAAACUAGCGAUAUACAUUUGAUAGGGAUGGACAAUUGGAAAAAUGUGUUGUGCUAUAUGGACUCAUUGCUGGUUUCAAUGUUUUACUCAACAGACAGUUUCGAUUUCUUACUAGAUGGUCAUCAGGAUGACAGUCUUUCUUCCGAACUGCAACAGGAUAUCAAAGAUCUGAAAGAGAUGUUGCGUUUUAUUGUCAAUUUGCUUAGAGGCGGAGAACAUAUCCCGAUCAACAUUAUGAAACAAUUAUGUUUUUCGCUAAACGGACUAGGCUGUGACAUGGUGGUCAGCCAAACUCAACAAGACGCUCUUCAGCUGUUUGAAUUCCUCGCCGAAUGCCUCUCUUUGCCUCUGCUUACCAUGAAGCUCGACAUCAUUCAUUCCGGGAAGUUGAAUGUCAACGACGAUAUGAGGAUCAUCGAGGAACGUGCGUUGCUGAUCUCUGUUCCGGAAGAUACCACUCCACACGCGGAAGACGAACAUGGUGCCCCGAUAUCGCUGGAAGAGUGUCUGAACAUGUACUUCAACAACAGCAUCACCGUACGAAGACACCUCGAGCGCCGUCGGACUUUAGAUAGAGACGACACCAUUGACGACCAUACCAGAAGCGAAAUUUCCAAAGACAUUCCACUUUAUGAGCGUUUGGGAAUAGUUACCUCGAACGAUGACCAGCAGGACUCGUCUUUGCACGAUUCUCCUUCGUCGUCGGUCGAUUUGAGCACCGCCUUGAGCAACUCCACGGUGAUUGGGUCAGAGUCCACGGGCGACCGCACGGCGACCGCAGGGUCCAUUUUGAAGCUUUCUGAAAGGAUGGAGGCGUCUCGGACCCGGUCGUCAACCAUUGCUUCGGUUUUGAACAACGCAGUGGCUCCCAACUCUACAAGACUCACGAGAAGAGCUUCGUCUGUGUCCAACAACGAGGUCACCUUGCCAGCCUGGAUGUUCCUACAAUUGUUACCAUAUUAUACCAAUCCAAAAGUGAAACUCAGAUUGCAAGCACCAGAGAAACUGUACAAGCGGAUUUCCAGAAGUGUCACGCACGAUACUGUCGACUCGUCGGAGGUGGCUCCACAGAUUUCAGAGUUUGAAGAGAGAUUUCACAGCAAGCGUCCGACCAUUCCAAUUUGUCUGAAAAAAUACAUUUGGGACGAAGACGGACAAUCGCAGAAAAUCAAUCGCAAGGUGGUGAUCCCCGAGGUGAUCAAGUACCCAUAUUUCAUUGCUGAAGACAGUUCGCGGCCGGGAAUCGUUGAUUUCAAACGGUCGACAGACAACCAAGCUCCUUUUGGCUCUUUCAUGCUGGUUUUGGAGAGCUGUAUAUGCCAUCGAGGUAAGAGUGUUAGUUCCGGACACUAUGUGUCGCUUGUGAGGAAACACCCGUUUAACCCUCGCGAGUCGCAACCAUCCGAGUCGAAAAACUGGUUGCUAUUCAAUGACAUUCUAGAGGAAAAAGAGAAAGCUAAGCCUAUCUCGUUCCAAGAGGCUAUGGAGCAGGAAGAUCCGUACAUCUUAUUCUACCAGAUCGUGGAAUUGGACCAGGAAGUUGAGUCAGACUACACUGCAAAUGCUACGAGUGGCGACGAGAGCACCAUACGGCCGCCAAAAGGAGCCCGCGACAAGUAUUGGGCAUCCGAUAGCGAGUCGAGCAUGCCCAACAGCACGGUUUUGGCAGCCAGAAAGAGCUCUGUUGUUUCGCAGGUAUCCUACCUUUCGCUCAAGUCUGCCGCCAACAACCGGCUGCCAAUCACGGUGGACCCACCGUCUGAAGAAAUAGUGCCUCCACCUUCGGCCUCAGCUGCAAAUAUAGCUUCUCGGUCGAGUUCCAAAAAUAGGAAGCACACAGAUUCGGAAGUUUUGCCAACAGAGGCUGCGUAUCUCGACAUCGAGUCGCAGUAUUACUGGUACGACACAAGCGCGGAAGGAACGUUCAAGAAACCUCACAAUUACCACGAAAAGCCGGCCUUGUGGAAUCCUCAGGAAGAAAACCAGGAAGGAGGAUUAAUUGACAGAAUCAACUCAAGAUUGCUGACUUUGAAAAGAGGCCCCGUGAGCAACCACAGCAACUCGGCAGCUCCAAGCGUGUUGUCGUCGAACGCCUCUGUCACUGUUGCCGACUCUACGGACACCGAGAAUGAGGAGAAGGAAAAAGAAAAACUGCCCAUGUCUCCACCUGCUUUGCGCAAGGAGUCUGUCAAGACACCGUCUCCAUCGCUGCGUCCAAAAGACCACGUGACACCGCCCACACAGGACCUUGUUUCGCCGCAACUUUCAAAAGUGUCGCUCUCCACUUCUAGUAGCACCAAGCCUGCCAAGCCCGACAAAAAGAAGCACGGAUUCAAACGUCUGAUUAAGAAGAUGAUUGCAUAA